CCCAUGUCAGGCAUGGUGCUUGCGCACACUUCCCCACCACACCCUAGCGGUUCUAAGCAGAACUGCCUCCGUCCGGACAUGCCGUACCAGACCGGCUAUACGGGGUGGAGCGGACUGGACGUGGGGCUCUUCAUCGCCGCGGGCGUCCUUGUCACUGCCGGGCUGUAUGAGUGCAACAAGGCUCUGCAGACCACGCACACGCCGCCUAUAGUGCCCCCUGCCCAAGGUGUUCACUACGUGCCGUCAGACAUCAGUCAGUACACGGGUCUGAACCUCGCACCGCAGGCACCACAGGCCCCGGCCGGGGUACUGCUCAGGCGCGUCAGCGUUCCUGUCGGAAAUAACGCCACGACCGAUUGGAAAGUAGCCGAGAGCGAGAUUAGAAUUGACCAGAAAGACCAGCGAGUCUGCACCAAGUUUUAUAAGUCUACUGAAAGUACCGACAAAACUACGUCUGCCGAGAAGACCUGCAAGUGUUCACGGGAUGCCUCUGACGAGACACGGAUGACUGGCGGGGGACAAGUCUCCGAGAGCGACGUUGAGAAAGUCCAAGACUUCUGUGGGAACGACGUCACCUCUGACGUCACUAACAGCCGUGCCGACGAGGAGGAGAGGGAAGAUGACGUCGGGAGCAGGACGGACGAGACGCGUCCCCGACGCGCUGACUUCACACAGGCAGAAGUCCUCGCAGUUACCGCAUGUCCGGUCCGGCACGAGCUCAGCGCUGCUACACGAGAGGCGAUCGGCUCCACCCAUCACGAUACAGACAAGACGGACUCUGAGAUCAGCAUGGAAGAGUUCCUGUCCGAGGACGUUUUCUUUAACAGUGAGCAGGAGAGCGCCAGCCUGUCCCAGCCCGUCCCCGUGAGUCCACGGCUUCAGAGGAAGCUGAGAUGCGCCGUGCUCUACGCCGAAUGGCGGGAAGACAGCCAGUACUGUUCCCCAGAUGACGUCACGACCAACCAGAAGGUGCGUUUCUCCUGGUUCGGACAGGAGGACGACCACGACCUUGAUGACGUCAGCGAGGUCAAGAUCUACUGCGCGGUUCUUGAAGGCGUGUGGAGAGAAGACGGUGGUCUUGUGGAGAACCACGUGACCAGAACGGCUGGUGGUGAUGACGUCAUGGAGCCGUACUACCCUGGACACGGGCACAGGAACAGCAUCCAGUCUGGGAACGAGAACUGGAUCUGAAGAACGUCCAAAAGCCUCCGACGUGUCAAACACAAUAAGCAACUCCAUCCGACUAGUUCUUUGUAUCAUGUCUUAUCUAACGCGUAAAGAUUAGGCAGAAAGUUAAAAAGUAAAUGCUUCUUACCUGUAACACAGGUCAUAAAAAUUACAACUCAGUUGGGCAACCACUUUUGCACCUUGAUAGUGGAUCAUAUAUUUGAGGGUUAAUGCAGACAAUGAAUAAAGUCAUAUGACAUGAUAUGAAUGAUGAAGGAAUAUAAAUAUUCAAUAUCAUGUAACGUUGCAUUUCUGGUUAUUAUCUUAUUAGUACAAGUGCUUAUAGGAAGAGAAGAAAAGUUUUUUAAAAGACAAUUUAUCGUAUAUACCCUUGAAGAAUCAGCUGCAGUUGAUCAGCCUGAACAAACCUUUAUUCAAUCGACAUUCAAUUAACAAAAAGCUUGAAAUAUUAAGCUGGAUAUAACAUUUAAUAAAAAAAAUGAGAUGUUGAAAAAUGAAAUCCGCUGACAAAACGUUCGACUAAUUUCUGGUCCUAACGGAACGUAAUGUAGUUACAAUUCUUUCUUCAUUAAUAACAUCAAACACAUUCUCAUGGUUUGAAAUAGGAAGUUAUGCUGUAGGCUCAAAGAAAUGCACGGUAUGAAUUAAAGAUCUGUUCAUAUAUGAAGGAGCUACCACACUAAUGAGUAUCGCAAACUGAGUAAUAAAGGAUAUAAAAAUUACAUAAAAUUAUAUGUGAUAUUCAAACUGUCAGUGUAAUAAAGGUCCAUAAAGGCUCUCUUUGUUCAAUUUGUUCUUUAAACAGGCUCUGCCAUCUCAUUGUACAGGGCAUGGGGUUUCUAUUAGCGCAUGCGUGUAGAGUGCCGGGUGGAAUAUAGUACCGGAUAUAGACCAUUAAAACAUUAAACUUUUUCAUUGAAAAUUUGGUGCCUUUUUGUCAGUUUUGUGCUGAAUUGGAUAGGUAAGGCUUCAUACUCACUGAAUUUGACACAAAAAUGUCAAAUUAUGGUAUGGUAUAAGUUUGAGCAACAAUAGGCUGAGCUAGAGAAGUAGUUUUUUUUCUGCUAGGACGUGUGACGGUAAUAAUUAUGCUAUUGCUGUGCAAAUAUUACCUUUCUAGUUAUGUUAACCGAAGGAAAACAUAUUGUUUUUACUCAGUUUCUUCCUCCUCUUCUG